AUGACGGACACAGUGAUGGCUCAGUCGCAGGAGGCAGGCAUAGUAACCAUCGACCAGCUGAAGAAUGACUCCAAGGAGAACAAUCCAGCGACUUCGAUCGAGCUUGUUGAUAACCCAUCAUUGCGGAUCGUGCCGCCUCUCAACUUCUGUCCAGUUGAAAAGUCUUUGUAUCGUUCAGGCCAACCUUCAACCAUCAAUCAUUCAUUUUUGAAGGAACUGAACCUGAAAUCGAUCAUUUGGCUUGCUAUUGAAGACCCUCAGGACAACUUCCUCAAGUUCAUAGAGGACAACAACAUCAACUUCUUCUACAAUCUUGGAUUUACCGGAAUAGAUAGCAAUUCAUGGGAUGGACUAUCAGAGGCAUCUAUCCGCGAAGCUUUGGAGAUAAUUUCCGACAAGAAACACUACCCUUUGUUGGUUUGUUGCGGUAUGGGAAGACAUCGUACAGGAACCAUCAUUGGAUGCCUCCGCAAACUGCAGGGCUGGAAUCUAGCAAGUGUUAGUGAGGAAUACCGGAGAUUCACUGGAGUGAGAGGAGGCCGGAUUCUGGUGGAACUGUUGAUCGAGGCUUUCGAUGUCAGUGCCAUAGACAUCAAUCCCGAGACGGCACCGGAAUGGUUGAUACGAUGA